UUGGCGUUGAGCGGUUCAGAGGCUUUUCUUCUUGCUGCGGAGGCAGGCCCUCUUGUCUACUCUCGCUGGUGACCGGAGUUUCCCGGAGUCGGUCGUGGUCUGCUCUGGGGCCUUCUCCGUUUGUCCUUCCUACCCUCCUCCCUUUCCCUCCCAUCCCCCCUUUUGAUUCCCAGGCCCUGCCUUUUGUCCUCUGGGCGGCCGCGAUUCUUUAAAUCCUGGGCCGCGAGGCCGCUAGUCUUCGCUUCCCUGGCGCAGAUGGGCGGAAUCGGCCGCAGUAGAUUGCUCAAUUUGAUGACCAGCUGUUUUGACUGGCUGAAAAGGUGGCGGGACCCCACCAGAAAGGUGACACUUUUGAUGGUGGGCCUUGAUAAUGCUGGUAAAAGUGCAGCAGUGAAAGGAAUUCAAGGAGAGUGCCCCGAAGAUGUAGUUCCAACAGUUGGCUUUUCUAGAAUUGAUCUUAGACAGGGAAAGUUUCAAGUUACAAUUUUUGACUUAGGAGGUGGACAGGAAAUUCGAGGAAUAUGGAAAAAUUACUACGCUGAAUCAUAUGGAGUAAUAUUUGUGGUGGAUUCCAGUGAUGAAAAAAGAAUGAAAGAAGUUAGAGAGACAGUGGCUGAUGUUCUAAGACAUCCCAAAGUAUCAGGAAAGCCCAUACUGGUGUUGGCAAAUAAACAAGACAAAGAAGGGGCUUUAUCAGAAGCAGAUAUAAUUGAACGUUUAUCUCUACAAAAACUUGUCAAUGAGCAAAAAUGUCGCUGUCACAUACAAUCCUGUUCAGCAUUCUGGGGCUCUGGGAAGAAAUUUGACAAGUCCAUAAGAAGUGGUCUUUAUUGGUUGCUGUGUUGCAUUGCAAACGACUUUGAUGCCUUAAAUGAUCGAGUUGAAAAAGACACAAUUGCUCAACGCAUUCUUGAGAAAGUAGAGAGGCAGGAACGAAUUGAGCGAGUGAGGAAACUACGAAGAGAAAGAGAACAAAAGGAGAGAGAGCGUGCGGGAGAGCAUCCUGAGUUUGACAACAAUUUUGAUUCUGAAGUGGAUUUUGAUCCAUUUAUUGUUAGCCCUUUUCAGCCUAUAAAUGUAGUAAUUGCAGAGAAUGAAAAAAGAAGGCAGAGAGUGGUUAGAAAUACGUCCAGCAUUCUUCUGAAAUCUAGCAUAGAAGAGGAGCAGUCUGAGACACAGAGCCAGAUCAGCUGCAGCAGCCAAAAAAGCGGUGAUUGUGCAUUCAUAAACCCUCCUAAGAGGGUGACAUUAACAAAGUGUGUGGAGAAAGAAACUGACACAGGCCAACAGUCCUCUGAAUGCUGUGACUCAGAUUGCAAUAGAAAGAAAAAUAAGAAAUUCAGGUGCCUAAGAAGUCAACGGGUAACACCAAUUAAUACAGGAGAUUCUGAUCCAGAAAUUGUGACAUCACCCCAGUGUCCUAUGUCUGUUGGCUGGGAAAUCCCCAGAGUCACUAGACUUCCAAAACUUGAACCUCUUGGUGAAACACAUCGUAACGAUUUCUAUGGAAAGCCUCUGCCACCAGUGAUUACACCUCAGACAUCUAACAGUGAUAGAGGUGAUUAUUUUAGUUCGUAAUUAUUUUUCAUGUGGUGUUCUUUGUUAAGAAAGACAAGUUAUUAAUGACUAAAUUAACUUAAGGACAGUUUGUUUUUGCAAAGAAGAAAAUAUUCUGAACUUUCGUAACCUGCAGAAAUGACAUCUUUUAGGUUCAUUGAGAUUUCUUCCAGAGAUCUGUUAGUUCCACAGGACCUAAUUCAUCAAUUUUUCUACUUUACAGCUAAGUUACUAUUUAUACUUGCUCUUCAUUAUUUAAAGAGGCAAAGGGAUAAUAUGAUAGGCUUAAAGCAUUUGGAACCAAGUUAACAUAAAAUAUUGACCAUUCAGUUUACAGUGAACAUCUAUAGCAAUAGACCUAAAGGAAAACAACUUUAGGCAAAAAGCAUUUGGACUUGGGACACUUUGAUAUUUUGUUUAAUAAUAAACAGUAUUUCUAUAGUUUACAUCUUUAAAAUAUUUUUUAAGAUACACAUGCAUGUUGGGGUAAAUCCUGGGAAUUAAAAACUAAAGUUUUAAACUAUAUUUUUCUAUUUUAGCAUUAAUAAAAUUUAAGUUUUGCUGUUUUCUGUAGAUUGUCAGUAUCCAUAUUUUGUUUUGGUAGAAUAGAUUUAUUUUGACAAAUAUAACUGUACAAGGAGGAUAUAUUUAUAUGACUUUGUAAAUACAGUAAAUUAUUCUUAAAGUAUCCCUCCUUAUUUGCUCUGAUUUUUUCAUAUUUCUUUUUUUAUAGCAAACCUAAAACUUAUUCUACACCAAAUUAUACUAAUUGAAUAUAUUAUCCAGUGAGAAUUUUCAAUUUUUGUUGAACUGUUUUCUUUGGUUUGAAAGAGAUUUGAAAUAUUUUCUUGACCAAUACAUUUUUUGUAAGUAAAAUUAUAUUCUUAUAUGAAAAUCCAUUUAAAGAAUUCCCAUAUGUUUAACACAUAAACAACAAAUUACUUCAAUGAUCAAGGGUCUGGUAACAUUUUGACUCCUUUCAAAGCUAUACUAUCUCUUUCAGGUUUCCCUCAUUCUUUUUCAGUACAAUUUUUAAAACUUACAGUACCUAAAUUGCAUCAUAAGUUAAUGCAGCUUCCAAAAACAUGUGUCUUAUAGCCAGGAAGUCAGUAGUUGUGACAGUGAGAAAAUCUAGAGCAAUAAAAACAAAAAAUGUUGGGGCAGCUAGGUGGGACAGUGGAUAGAGCACUGGCCCUGGAUUCAGGAGGACC